UUUACAGCAUUGGUCUGGCAUCUAUGGGACUUGCAAAGAUGUCGAAAAUAUGGCUGCUGAGUUGGCUUAUAAUACUAAUUGGACAGCAGCCUGCAGAACAGUCAGGAUUGAUAAAGACAACAAUGAUACCAGUCCCCAUGCAGACAAAAAUGGAGAUGAUCGUUGGCAGUGCCAGAGGUGCUACUCAUAAUGGACAGAUCUGCAGUACCUGGGGAAACUCCCACUUCUCCACAUAUGAUGGCGAUUUCUUUCAGCUGCCCUACGCUUGUAACUACAUACUUACCACAAUGUGUGACAGUACCAAUUCUGAUUUUAACAUCCAACUGAGGAGGGAAUACAAAGAUAACCUUCCUGCAAUUAGUUCUUUUACCAUAAACCUGGAAGGAAUACCAAUUAUGCUUCACCAGGGCAACAUUACCCUGAAUGAUAAAGUAUUGACUAUCCCAGGAUAUUAUAAUGGAAUUCGGAUUGAAAAAAUGACCAAAUACAUAAAAAUCAGCUCCAAGAUAGGACUGAUGGUGUUUUGGGAUGAAGCCAACUCUUUAUCGAUUGAAAUCUCCACAAACUAUAGGAACAAAACAUGUGGAGUCUGCGGGGAUUUCAAUGGCAUCCUGCAGAAUGAAUUCAUUGAAAAUGGUCAACUAUUAAAUCCAGACCAAAUUGGCUUUAAAUGGAAGAUGGAUGCACCCACUGAAACCUGUGAGCAAACGCCACUGAUACCAGUGGAGGCAUGCCAAAUAAAGACAAACAUAUGUGAAGAACUGCUUCAUGCCCCUGCAUUUGAAAGCUGUCACAAUUUGUUGCCCAUGAGUGUUUAUUUGGAAGCAUGUAGUAAAGACUUGUGUCAGUGCAACAGCAGUCAGAAUAUUUGCAUAUGCGACACAAUAUCAGAGUUCUCACGCCAGUGCGCACAUGCUGGGGGCAGCCCAGGGAACUGGAGAUCCAAUGAUUUCUGUGGAAAAAAAUGUCCAUUAAACAUGAUCCACAGUGAGUGUGGCAGUCCAUGUAUAGACACCUGCUCUAACCAGGAGGGGACACAAGUCUGUACAGAACACUGUGUGGAUGGAUGUGUCUGUCCACCUGGAACUGUGCUAAAUGACAUUGAGAAUAAUGGCUGUGUCCCUGUUGAUGAAUGCCCCUGCACCCACAAUGGAAAAAACUAUCAACCAGGAGAAUCAUUUACGAGAACUUGUCAAACAUGUGUUUGUUCAAACGGCUGGUGGAAUUGCUCAAACCGGAACUGCCCUGGCACCUGCUCUUUGCUGGGAGGGUCUCACGUCAUCACAUAUGAUAGCAAAACUUACAGCUUCAAUGGAAACUGCGAUUAUAUUCUUUCCAAGGAUAACAAUAAUAAUAUUACAGUGUUGGUGAAUAUGGCACAGUGUGGUUUGACACAGAGUGAAACAUGUUUGACUUCUGUGAAGUUAACCACCACAACCAACCCUGUCACAAUAUCAUCCAGUGGCAAUGUAUUUAUAAACAAUGUUGCAACCAAGCUUCCAAUUCGUACUGGUCAAAUAACAAUCUUCGGGCCUUCUUCAUUCUAUAUUAUGGUGCAUACACCUGGUUUAAAGAUUGUCAUUCAGCUUUCUCCAGUUAUGCAGGUGUACACGCAAGCCAGCAGAGCACAAAAGGGAACACUAAGUGGUCUAUGUGGGAACUUUAAUGACAUGCAGGGAGAUGAUUUUAAGACACAUUCUGGUCUCAUAGAGGGGACUUCCACAUCAUUUGCUAGUGCAUGGAAGGCCAAGCUGUGUCAAGAUUUUAGUGCGAGUCUCUCUGACCCCUGUAGUAUGAGUGUGGAAAAAGAGAAGUAUGCCAAACAAUGGUGUGAGAUGCUCAGUGAUCCAGCAGGAGUUUUUUCUCCAUGUCAUUUUGAACUCAACCCAAAGGAUUAUGUAACGAGAUGCAAGUAUGAUGCAUGUAACUGUGCCCAAAGUGAGAACUGCAUGUGUGCUGCUGUGUCAUCCUAUGUUCAUGCAUGUGCUGAAAGAGGUGUAAUGCUAAAAGACUGGAGAAAUAACAUGUGCGACACAUACAAAAAUAAUUGCCCCGGCAAUAUGGAGUACUCUUAUAACCAGACAAGCUGUAGAAAGACCUGCCGUUCUCUUGGUGAAAAUGACCAUAUCUGCGACUUGUCCUUUACACCUGUGGAUGGUUGUGGCUGUCCAAAGGACACAUACCUCAAUGACAGGGAUGAAUGUGUGCUUGCCUCUGAUUGUCCCUGUUAUAUCAACAAUGAGGUUUUGGCUCCAGGGCAGAUUAACAGCCAGCCUGGAUCUACAUGCACUUGCAGAGAUGGUGUACUACAGUGCACUGGACAUAAAGAAGUGACAACUUGCACAGAGCCUAUGGUAUACUUCAACUGUUCAGACGCUGAACCUGGAAAAAAAGGAACCGAGUGCCAGAAUAGCUGCCAGACCCCCACAGAUUCAAUUCAGUGUACAAGCACACAGUGUAAAUCAGGGUGUGUAUGCCCUGGUCAUCUACUGGCUGAUGGGCAAGGAGGAUGUGUGAAAGAAGAGCAAUGUCCAUGUGUUCAUAAUGGAGUGUUUUAUCAACCUGGAGAGACUGUAAAGGCAGACUGCAACAACUGCACUUGUAAAAACAGAAAGUGGAUUUGCACACAAAAGGAAUGUCACAAAAUGUGUACUAUUUAUGGUGACAGUCAUUACAAUAGUUUUGAUGGUAGGAGAUAUACUUUCAACGGCAACUGUGAAUACACUCUGGCCCAGGACUACUGUGGUGACAGCAAUAGUGGUUCAUUCCGUAUCAUCACAGAGAAUAUCCCCUGUGGCACCACUGGAACCACCUGCUCCAAAUCUAUUAAAAUCUAUUUAGGGAACAAACAGCUGCUCCUGUCAGAGGAAAAUAUAAAAUCUGUACAAUACUAUAAUGGCACAGAGAUCCCUUAUAAAAUACAUACUGUGGGGAUAUACAUGGUUAUUGAGGCCAAAAACAAUCUUACCGUGUUUUGGGAUAAGAAGACAAGUCUAAUGGUCAAGCUCGGGCCCUCAUUUAAGGGCACUGUGUGUGGACUUUGUGGCAAUUAUGAUGGAGAUUGGAAUAAUGAUUUUAUAACUCGUGGUGGUGAAAGAGUGGCCGAGCCAGCUGAAUUUGGGAACAGCUGGAGAGUUUCAACUACCUGUCCUGAAGCCAGUGGUAUCCUCAGCCCCUGUGAUAUGAGACCUUACCGGCAGGCCUGGGCCAUGAAACAAUGCAGCAUUCUCAAGAGUGAUGUCUUCAGCACAUGUCACUCAGUCGUGGACCCAACUCAAUAUUAUGAUGCUUGUGUACGGGACACAUGUGCCUGUGAUGCUGGUGGAGACUGUGAGUGUUUCUGCACUGCUGUGGCAGCAUACGCUGCAGCAUGCAGUGGUCAAGGAGUUUGCAUAUUGUGGAGGAGCCCAACCAUUUGCCCAUUGUUCUGUGACUACUACAACAACAAUGAAGGCUGCGAGUGGCACUAUAAGCCCUGUGGACAGUCCUGCAUGAAAACGUGCAAGAACCCCUCCGGAGUAUGCUACAGUGAAAUUCCUCCAUUAGAGGGAUGUUUUCCUCAGUGCCCGUCAGACAGGCCAUACCUGGAGGAGGCAACAAUGAAGUGUGUGGCAAGAGAGGAAUGUGGUUGCUAUGAUGAUGAUGAAAAUAAUAUACACUACAAUGUGGGAGAUAAAAUGCCUACAACCAAGAACUGCAUGGAAUGCAUCUGUACGACAAUCGGUCCUUCUUGUACCUACAUCGAAUCAGCUUGCUACUGUGAGUAUAAUGGGCAGACAUACAGACCUGGAUGGUUAAUAUACAGCACAACAGAUGGAGAUGGAAUCUGUAUUAAUGCUUCCUGUGGGCAGAAUGGAACAAUUGUCAGAAACAUGAGAAUAUGCCCUACUACUGCUCCUCCUACUACUAAAAUUUUUAAUUUCACAUCAACCAUGGGAACCUCAAAAUCACAAACCACAGCAAUAACGACUGCACUUCCACCCACCACAAUAAAAACAAGUUCUACAACAUCAACUACAACCCCAUAUGUUUGUCAGCCUUGCCACUGGUCAGAGUGGUUAGACAGCACUUAUCCUCCUUCUACACCAGAUGGAAAAGACAUUGAGUCUAUACCUAUGUUUUGGAAAUUAGGAGACAUUACCUGUGAGAAACCAGCAGCUAUUGACUGCAGGGCCACACUAUAUAAAGACAAGCCUUUAUCAGAAUUGGGUCAGGAGGUGACAUGUAAUAUUACUGUUGGUCUGAUUUGUAACAACGCUGAUCAAAACGAAGGCCAUUGUUUGAAUUAUGAAAUGCGGGUGAAAUGCUGUGAUAAAACAUGUCCUCCUACUUCAACCACAGGCCCAAUUAUUAUAACAUCUACUGUAAUUCCACCAACCACAACAGAAUUCAUUUCUGAAACAACAGUGAGAACACUAAGCACAACAACGACAGCACCUGUUUUCUCCACCACAGGGCCAACCACUGAAAAAUCUACUGUCAUUUCACCAACCACAACAGAAACAGGAUCUACAACAACAGUGGAAACACAAAGCACCACCACAUCAUCUGUUUCUUCAACCACAUUGCCUACCACUAUAAAAUCUACUGUAACUUCACCCACCACAACAGAAGCAGGGUCUACAACAACAGUGGAAACACCAAGCACAACCACAUCACCCGUUUCUUCAACCACAGGGCCAACCACUAUAAGAUCUACUGUCAUCCCACCCACCACAACAGAAACAGGUUCUACAACGUCAGUGGAAAUAACCACAAGCGCAUCAACUACAACCCCAUAUGUUUGUCAGCCUUGCCACUGGUCAGAGUGGUUAGACAGCACUUAUCCUCCUUCUACACCAGAUGGAAAAGACAUUGAGUCUAUACCUAUGUUUUGGAAAUCAGGAGACAUUACCUGUGAGAAACCAGCAGCUAUUGACUGCAGGGCCACACUAUAUAAAGACAAGCCUUUAUCAGAAUUGGGUCAGGAGGUGACAUGUAAUAUUACUGUUGGUCUGAUUUGUAACAACGCUGAUCAAAACGAAGGCCAUUGUUUGAAUUAUGAAAUGCGGGUGAAAUGCUGUGAUAAAACAUGUCCUCCUACUUCAACCACAGGCCCAAUUAUUAUAACAUCUACUGUAAUUCCACCAACCACAACAGAAUUCAUUUCUGAAACAACAGUGAGAACACUAAGCACAACAACGACAGCACCUGUUUUCUCCACCACAGGGCCAACCACUGAAAAAUCUACUGUCAUUUCACCAACCACAACAGAAACAGGAUCUACAACAACAGUGGAAACACAAACCACCACAUCACCUGUUUCUUCAACCACAUUGCCUACCACUAUAAAAUCUACUGUAACUUCACCCACCACAACAGAAGCAGGGUCUACAACAACAGUGGAAACACCAAGCACAACCACAUCACCGGUUUCUUCAACCACAGGACCGACCACUAUAAGAUCUACUGUCAUCCCACCCACCACAACAGAAACAGGUUCUACAACGUCAGUGGAAAUAACCACAAGCGCAUCAACUACAACCCCAUAUGUUUGUCAGCCUUGCCACUGGUCAGAGUGGUUAGACAGCACUUAUCCUCCUUCUACACCAGAUGGAAAAGACACUGAGUCUAUACCUAUGUUUUGGAAAUCAGGAGACAUUACCUGUGAGAAACCAGCAGCUAUUGACUGCAGGGCCACACUAUAUAAAGACAAGCCUUUAUCAGAAUUGGGUCAGGAGGUGACAUGUAAUAUUACUGUUGGUCUGAUUUGUAACAACGCUGACCAAAACGAAGGCCAUUGUUUGAAUUAUGAAAUGCGGGUGAAAUGCUGUGAUAAAACAUGUCGUUCUACUACAACAAUAGCAGUAAGCACAACUACAUCACCUGUUUCUUCAACCACAGGCCCAAUCAUUACAACAUCUACUGUAAUUCCACCAACCACAACAGAAAUCAUUUCUGAAACAACAGUGAGAACACUAAGCACAACAACGACAGCACCUGUUUUCUCCACCACAGGGCCAACCACUGAAAAAUCCACCGCAAUUACACCAACCACAACAAAAAUAAUUCCUGAAACAACAUUCUCUGUAAUCACAGUGUCCACAGUGACUCCUACAAAAGGUCAGCAGCAUUCGCCUACACAAUCUACUAUACCAACCACAACAGAAACUAUUUCUAAAACAACAGUGGUAACAGCAAGUACAACUACAUCACCUGUUACUUCAAUCAUGUUGCCUACCACUACAAAAUCUACUGUAAUUCCACCAACCACAACAGAAAUCCUUUCUGAAACAACAGUGGGAACAUCAGGCACAACCACAACAUCACCUGUUUUUUCAACCACAGGGCCGAUCACUUCAAAAUCUACUGUAAUUCCCCCCACCACAACAGAAACAGGUUCUACAAAAACAGUGGAAACAUCAAGAACAACCACAUCACCUGUUUCCUUAACCACAUUGCCUACCACUACUAAAUCUACUGCAAUUCCCCCCACCACGACAAAAACUAUUUCUAAAACAACAGUGGAAACAGAAAGUACAUCACCUGUUUCUUCCACUACAUGGCCUACCACUUCAAAAGCUACUGUAAUUCCACCACCCACAACAGAAUUCAUUUCUGAAACAACAUUGGGAACACCAAGCACAAGAAAAACAGAACCUGUUUUUUCCACCACAGGGCCAACCACUACAAAAUCUACUGUCAUUUCACCAACCACAACAGAAACAGGAUCUACAACAACAGUGGAAACACAAAGCACCACCACAUCACCUGUUUCUUCAACCACAUUGCCUACCACUAUAAAAUCUACUGUAACUUCACCCACCACAACAGAAGCAGGGUCUACAACAACAGUGAAAACACCAAGCACAACCACAUCACCUGUUUCUUCAACCACAGGGCCGACCACUAUAAAAUCUACUGUCAUCCCACCCACCACAAUAGAAACAGGUUCUACAACGUCAGUGGAAAUAACCACAAGCGCAUCAACUACAACCCCAUAUGUUUGUCAGCCUUGCCACUGGUCAGAGUGGUUAGACAGCACUUAUCCUCCUUCUACACCAAAUGGAAAAGACAUUGAGUCUAUACCUAUGUUUUGGAAAUUAGGAGACAUUACCUGUGAGAAACCAGCAGCUAUUGACUGCAGGGCCACACUAUAUAAAGACAAGCCUUUAUCAGAAUUGGGUCAGGAGGUGACAUGUAAUAUUACUGUUGGUCUGAUUUGUAACAACGCUGACCAAAACGAAGGUCAUUGUUUGAAUUAUGAAAUGCGGGUGAAAUGCUGUGAUAAAACAUGUCCUUCUACUACAACAAUAGCAGUAAGCACAACUACAUCACCUGUUUCUUCAACCACAGGCCCAAUCAUUACAACAUCUACUGUAAUUCCACCAACCACAACAGAAAUCAUUUCUGAAACAACAGUGAGAACACUAAGCACAACAACGACAGCACCUGUUUUCUCCACCACAGGGCCAACCACUGAAAAAUCCACCGCAAUUCCACCAACCACAACAGAAACUAUUUCUAAAACAACAGUGGUAACAGCAAGUACAACUACAUCACCUGUUACUUCAAUUAUGUUGCCUACCACUACAAAAUCUACUGUAAUUCCACCAACCACAACAGAAAUCCUUUCUGAAACAACAGUGGGAACAUCAGGCACAACCACAACAUCACCUGUUUUUUCAACCACAGGGCCGAUCACUUCAAAAUCUACUGUAAUUCCCCCCACCACAACAGAAACAGGUUCUACAAAAACAGUGGAAACAUCAAGAACAACCACAUCACCUGUUUCCUUAACCACAUUGCCUACCACUACUAAAUCUACUGCAAUUCCCCCCACCACGACAAAAACUAUUUCUAAAACAACAGUGGGAACAGAAAGUACAUCACCUGUUUCUUCCACUACAUGGCCUACCACUUCAAAAGCUACUGUAAUUCCACCACCCACAACAGAAUUCAUUUCUGAAACAACAUUGGGAACACCAAGCACAAGAACAACAGCACCUGUUUUUUCCACCACAGGGCCAACCACUACAAAAUCUACUGUCAUUCCACCAACCACAACAGAAACAGGAUCUACAACAACAGUGGAAACACAAAGCACCACCACAUCAUCUGUUUCUUCAACCACAUUGCCUACCACUAUAAAAUCUACUGUAACUUCACCCACCACAACAGAAGCAGGGUCUACAACAACAGUGGAAACACCAAGCACAACCACAUCACCCGUUUCUUCAACCACAGGGCCAACCACUAUAAGAUCUACUGUCAUCCCACCCACCACAACAGAAACAGGUUCUACAACGUCAGUGGAAAUAACCACAAGCGCAUCAACUACAACCCCAUAUGUUUGUCAGCCUUGCCACUGGUCAGAGUGGUUAGACAGCACUUAUCCUCCUUCUACACCAAAUGGAAAAGACAUUGAGUCUAUACCUAUGUUUUGGAAAUCAGGAGACAUUACCUGUGAGAAACCAGCAGCUAUUGACUGCAGGGCCACACUAUAUAAAGACAAGCCUUUAUCAGAAUUGGGUCAGGAGGUGACAUGUAAUAUUACUGUUGGUCUGAUUUGUAACAACGCUGAUCAAAACGAAGGCCAUUGUUUGAAUUAUGAAAUGCGGGUGAAAUGCUGUGAUAAAACAUGUCCUCCUACUUCAACCACAGGCCCAAUUAUUAUAACAUCUACUGUAAUUCCACCAACCACAACAGAAUUCAUUUCUGAAACAACAUUGGGAACACCAAGCACAAGAAAAACAGCACCUGUUUUUUCCACCACAGGGCCAACCACUACAAAAUCUACUGUCAUUUCAGCAACCACAACAGAAACAGGAUCUACAACAACAGUAGAAACACAAACCACCACAUCACCUGUUUCUUCAACCACAUUGCCUACCACUAUAAAAUCUACUGUAACUUCACCCACCACAACAGAAGCAGGGUCUACAACAACAGUGGAAACACCAAGCACAACCACAUCACCUGUUUCUUCAACCACAGGGCCGACCACUAUAAGAUCUACUGUCAUCCCACCCACCACAAUAGAAACAGGUUCUACAACGUCAGUGGAAAUAACCACAAGCGCAUCAACUACAACCCCAUCUGUUUUUUCCACCACAGGGCCAACCACUACAAAAUCUACUGUCAUUUCACCAACCACAACAGAAACAGGAUCUACAACAACAGUAGAAACACAAACCACCACAUCACCUGUUUCUUCAACCACAUUGCCUACCACUAUAAAAUCUACUGUAACUUCACCCACCACAACAGAAGCAGGGUCUACAACAACAGUGGAAACACCAAGCACAACCACAUCACCGGUUUCUUCAACCACAGGGCCGACCACUAUAAGAUCUACUGUCAUCCCACCCACCACAAUAGAAACAGGUUCUACAACGUCAGUGGAAAUAACCACAAACGCAUCAACUACAACCCCAUAUGUUUGUCAGCCUUGCCACUGGUCAGAGUGGUUAGACAGCACUUAUCCUCCUUCUACACCAGAUGGAAAAGACAUUGAGUCUAUACCUAUGUUUUGGAAAUCAGGAGACAUUACCUGUGAGAAACCAGCAGCUAUUGACUGCAGGGCCACACUAUAUAAAGACAAGCCUUUAUCAGAAUUGGGUCAGGAGGUGACAUGUAAUAUUACUGUUGGUCUGAUUUGUAACAACGCUGACCAAAUCGAAGGCCAUUGUUUGAAUUAUGAAAUGCGGGUGAAAUGCUGUGAUAAAACAUGUCCUUCUACUACAACAAUAGCAGUAAGCACAACCACAUCACCUGUUUCUUCAACCACAGGCCCAAUCAUUACAACAUCUACUGUAAUUCCACCAACCACAACAGAAAUCAUUUCUGAAACAACAGUGAGAACACUAAGCACAACAACGACAGCACCUGUUUUCUCCACCACAGGGCCAACCACUGAAAAAUCCACCGCAAUUCCACCAACAACAACAAAAAUAAUUCCUGAAACAACAUUCUCUGUAAUCACAGUGUCCACAGUGACUCCUACAAAAGGUCAGCAGCAUUCGCCUACACAAUCUACUAUACCAACCACAACAGAAACUAUUUCUAAAACAACAGUGGUAACAGCAAGUACAACCACAUCACCUGUUACUUCAAUCAUGUUGCCUACCACUACAAAAUCUACUGUAAUUCCACCAACCACAACAGAAAUCCUUUCUGAAACAACAGUGGGAACAUCAGGCACAACCACAACAUCACCUGUUUUUUCAACCACAGGGCCGAUCACUUCAAAAUCUACUGUAAUUCCCCCCACCACAACAGAAACAGGUUCUACAAAAACAGUGGAAACAUCAAGAACAACCACAUCACCUGUUUCCUUAACCACAUUGCCUACCACUACUAAAUCUACUGCAAUUCCCCCCACCACGACAAAAACUAUUUCUAAAACAACAGUGGAAACAGAAAGUACAUCACCUGUUUCUUCCACUACAUGGCCUACCACUUCAAAAGCUACUGUAAUUCCACCACCCACAACAGAAUUCAUUUCUGAAACAACAUUGGGAACACCAAGCACAAGAAAAACAGAACCCGUUUUUUCCACCACAGGGCCAACCACUACAAAAUCUACUGUCAUUUCACCAACCACAACAGAAACAGGAUCUACAACAACAGUGGAAACACAAAGCACCACCACAUCACCUGUUUCUUCAACCACAUUGCCUACCACUAUAAAAUCUACUGUAACUUUACCCACCACAACAGAAGCAGGGUCUACAACAACAGUGGAAACACCAAGCACAACAACAUCACCCGUUUUCUCAACCACAGGGCUGACCACUACAAAAUCUCCUGUCAUCCCACCCACCACAACAGAAACAGGGUCUACAACAACAGUGGAAACACCAAGCACAACCACAACAGCACCUGUUUCUUCAACCAAAGGGCCAACAACUACACUAAGUAUCGUAAAUACAACAUCAGGAACGACAUCCUCUAUGAUCACAACGUCUAAGAUGACUUUUACAACAGGACCUCAUUUCACCACAGGAGGCCCUUGUUUCUGCAAAUACAUGGACAAGGUUUUUUACCAAGAGACUGUCAUAUAUAACCAAACUGAUGGAACGGGAUGGUGUUUCACUGCUUACUGUGAUAGGAUGUGUCAGCUGAUCAAGACAUCUGGGCCAUGCUAUUCAAUUAGUACUCCUCCUCCUUCUACAACACCUACUAUGCCAUCAUCCUCUACAAAACUAAUUACUACCACUCCUCAUAUCCCUAAGGACUGCACAUACCUUGAUCCACCAAGAAAGAAUGGAGAAAGCUGGCAGGAAAAGUGUUAUGAAAAAAAAUGCAUAGAUGCCUCUGUUAUGUCUACACCUGUAAAUUGCGUCGACUCAGCUCUUCCUAUGCCAGUGUGUGAAAAUGCAAUCCCUCCUGUUAAGGUCUAUGAUAAGACUGGAUGUUGCUUUCACUAUGAAUGUCAAUGCAAAUGUUUAGGUUGGGGAGAUCCACAUUAUGUCACCUUUGAUGGGCUGUAUUAUGCUUUCCAAGGAGACUGCACAUAUGUCUUGGUCCAGGAAAUCAUCAAGACGUACAAUUUUUCUGUCCACAUCAAGAACUAUUUGUGUGACACUGUCCAACAAUUGUCCUGCCCUGACUAUCUGACUAUAUACUAUAAAUCAUAUAAAAUCGAUUUGAAACAGACAAGAAAUCCAACUGUGAAUAAAGUAUUUGUCAACAAUGUGCUUCAGAAGAGCACGGUUUUCAGUAAUGCAGAUUUCACCAUAACCACAACGGGUAUUGCGAUGACCCUAGAUAUCCCUGCUAUCCAAGCUCAGGUUACCUUCAAAGGAAUGAACUUUGUAGUCAACCUUCCAUUUUCUCUAUUUUACAAUAACACAGAAGGGCAGUGUGGCAAAUGUGACAACAACAGGUCAAAUGACUGUAGAUUGCCUAAUGGACAGGAAAUUCAGUCAUGUGAAGCAAUGGCUCCUAAGUGGCUAGUGAAUAGCACGAAUUGUCUCAAACCUUCUCCACCUCCUCCACCUCCCCCCAAGCCUUCAUGUGACCCAUCCAUCUGCAGAAUCAUCUUUAGCAAAGUGUUUCAAGAGUGCCACAAAGUCCUUGACCCAGAAAACUUCUACAAGGCAUGUGUAUUUGAUAUGUGCAACAUGAAGAACGGUACAGGUUGCUUCAGCCUGCAGAGUUAUGCUCACAUGUGUGCUUCACAGUCUGUAUGUGUGGACUGGAGGGGGGCGACUAAUGGACAGUGCCCACCUGACUGUCCAAAAAAUAAAGUUUACAUGCCAUGUGGGCCAAAGGUGGAGAAUACCUGCAAUUCAGUGUUCAAUGAAAAGUUUUUACAAUGUGACAAUCAAGUAUGUCAAGAUCAUUUCCGGGAAGGAUGCUUCUGCCCUAAUGGCACCACUCUCUUUGACACUGCUACAGAUACAUGCACAAGCUUCUGUGGUUGUACAGGUUCUGAUGGAAUGCCCAAGCAGCCAGGAGAUAAAUGGCGCGCACAAUGUAAUGAAUGUACGUGCAGUAAAGAAGCCAUGGGUCCAGUGUGUCAACCCGUCCAGUGUCCACCCAAAGAGAACUGUACUAAAAUAGGCUAUGGGCUUCAGGAUGUAGAUUGCUGUCAGAAGUGUGUGUGCCAACCUAGUUUGUGCCCCAGCACCAUACCAAAAUGUCAAGCUGGAUUUGAGCUGAUACAAAACAAGACAGAUACUGACUGUUGUGUCACUUUCAAUUGUAAACACAAGCCAGUGUGUGUCUUUGGUAUGAAUGAAUAUUUGCCUGGAGAUAAAGUCCCAACUGACUCAUGUGAAGUCUGUCAUUGUGGUACAACUGUAAACACCAGCACUGGCCUUUAUAAUAUACAGUGCACUCCUAUGAUUUGCAAUACAACCUGCCAAAAGGGCUUCUCCUAUGAAGCUGUGUCAGGGCAAUGCUGUGGCAAAUGUGUACAAAAGCAGUGUGUAUAUGAGAAUGAAGGUCACCCCAAUAUAAUAAGCACAGUUGAGGUUGGACAGAGCUGGACUCAUCCAAAUGAGCCAUGUGUGACUCUCAAUUGCACCAAAGUCAAUGAUGUGUUUGUCUUGGUGAAGAAACCCCCUUCAUGUCCUGAGUAUAAUCAAAAAGACUGCAUUCCUGGCACAGAGACAACCACGUCAGAUGGAUGUUGCAAGACAUGUCAGCUGGUAAACUGUCGUAUGGUAAAGAACACCACCUCUUUAAAUGUUAACGGCUGUAUCUCCGUCCAGCCUGUGGAGAUCCCCUCCUGCUCUGGAUCAUGUAACACCAAUUCAAUAUAUUCAAUGGCAGCAAACACCAUGACGCACCACUGCUCCUGCUGCAAGGAGCUCCGAACCAGCAGCAUGCAGGUGCAGCUGCGCUGUGCCGACAACAGACUGAAACAAUACACCUACACUUACGUCGAAGAGUGUGGCUGCUCUGUCACAGAGUGUACUGACUCAAAAGUUUAACUAAAUGAUUUAAUAUAAGCCUGCUAGGGCAGAUAUUUACCUAAUACAAAAUCACUUGUUAAAGUUUAUUUGAAAAAAAAAAAAAAUUAUACUAUUUACUGUUUUACUAACAAAAAAUCCUAUGACUUGUUGCAGACUGUGGUUUUAAAAUACUUCAUAGGAACUAUUAGCAAUUUUUUUUUUUUUUAAACACAAAAGUUAAAUAAAAAUUGAAAUAGAAAUGGUAUUCUGUGAAUAGGUUUCAUGACAUUGUAUGAUUUGUUUGGAAUGAAAACAGUGUUCUGUGUUUUGGAAUCCAGUUAAGCAUACAUAGGACACUUUACUUUUCUGCAUGAUUUGACAUUUUCUGGUGUUUAGCUUUUUUUACUCUUUCUUUUCAUAAUUAAUAACAACAAUAAAUCAUCAAUAAUAUUGCAAGCAAAA